CCUCGUGACUUCGGCGUCUAUGGAUGGUCCUACAAGAGACACCGAAGCAUUUUAUUAUGACGUUUAUUUCUUAUUUUGUUGUUGAUUCCACGUUUAUUAAAAAAAUGAGUAAAAAACAGUAACAUGGCAUUAACUGAGUUAAAGUACUUGCGGGUCUCUGCAAAGUCUGUUUUGCCCGUUGAGAUACAUGCUAUUAAUGAGGGCACAUCGUCCUGGCUAACUGAUAAACAUGUGAAGGAGAUAAUAGAGUUGGUGCAAGGUGCAGUAGUCUCAUACUUGGAGAGCGGAGUGGGGAAAAAACAGUCUAGUAAACAGCAAAACAAGCCAGCAGAUAUUAUUACCGGCCAUACUGUGAGGCUUGGCUAUGUCUUCAAGUCGAGGCAUUGUAACCAGACGUGUUUGAUUGAUAUGAAAAAUGUGCGGACUUCACGAGAUUUAGAUCAUGGUCCUGAACUGCGUAAUUUUAGCAUCAUGAAGGAGAAGCUGGUAGUUUACGCCCAACCCUUGAUAGCAGGUGCUCCAGCAGGAACAUCCCAGCUUGUGCGCUUGAUGAAUGAGAGGCGUGAGUCUUCCGGUGGUGUAGGAGUAAGCAUCAGCAACUACUUCCAGAAAAUCCCUUCACAGUCCAGUGCUCAGUCUACAGAAACCAGUAGGGCACCAGUAGAGCAUGAGUCCCAGUCUACUGUAGAGGACACUGAGACUGCCUGUCUGCCUGCGGCCCCUCCCAGUGAAGGACGCCGGAGCAAAAUCAAAAACAUAUUGAAAAGGACACACAUUGGAAAAAGCAGGCUGAAAAGAUCAACAGUUGCUGGAAAAUGCGUACCUAAAAACGAAAACAUUGAUCCAGAAAGUAGCUGUCAUUCUACUAGUGAACAUAGUGUAGUUAAAGAUGAAAACAAAUUACUAGUUACCAAUAAAUCUGACAUAAAGAUUGAAAAAGAAAAUAAAGUUUCGUAUACUAUAGCUGGUGUAAAGGUUAGACCGGUGUCGAUACCAGAUAUUGAUAUUGACAGCAACUCGGGUGACACUCAAUCAUUAACAGUAAUAAGUGUUGAGGCUGCCAAGGAGAUGCAGCAAAAAAAUGAGACACAGUCUAGUGAAAAUGAUCCUUGGGAAAACCAGUCUGAGUCACAUGGUAACUCAGCUGAUGAGUCAUCAUCUUCUGAUGAUAUGAUGGAUUUACCAUCAGUGAGCUUUUGUUUAAAGCCGGGAAAUGAAAAGCGCGGAAAAAGAGUUUUAUCUCAAAAACAAAAUGGUGAUUAUGGACCUGUUGCUGCAAAUGAAUCUCCGAAGUUUGGCACAAAAAGGAAGCAUUUGCUUAAAGAAGACAAUAAAGACAUCAUAGAAGAGCGUGAGUACAUUGAUGGUCAACUUGAACCUGCUGGAAAAAAUAGAAAAGAAAGAUUAGAUGCAUGCAAGUCAUUACAAAAAUUCAGGUUUAAAAAACGAAAACUUCCGAAAUUUUCGGACUCUGAUUCAGACAGUAGUGUUCCAGAGAGAAAAGCUGUACGAGUUGAUAGAUUAUCGACUAUUGAUUCUGAAUCUGAAGAGGGAGCUCUUUCAGACAAUAAGAAAUCUGCAACAAUUCAGGAGGAAGCUAAGUAUUCUGGUAAACCUUCAAAUCCUACAAAAGUUAUAGAGGAAGCGAAAACUUCAACGAGUUAUAUGACAGCAGAGAAAUCUUUAAAAUCAAAUGUUUUUAGAAAUAAAUCAGAUUUUGUUAACCUUGAACAGAUGAAAGUGAGUCGGGGAAAGAUGAACAUUUCAAAAUCAUUUUUUACUGACGAUGGCUCUAAAGUACAACCGAAACUAUCUUUCUUCAUGAACAAAGGGAAAGAGAACAAGCAGAAAUCUGAAGAUGAUGAUGUUGAUGCUGCUGAUUUAGAUUGUGAGUUGAUUAUGGAACUUUGUGCCACGCCUAGAAUAAAAAAUGAGAGAGACGCUGCAGUCAACAAGGAGAUUGAGGAAAUAAGCAAUGUUGAAGACCUCAAUCAGGAGCAGCUGGAGCACAUGGUGCGGCACAGAGAGGGGUAUCUGAGGAAGAUUUUUGAGGGCAGCGUUCUUUGUGAGAGACAUCUGGAUUUCAAGCGGGGCGGUAGUAGCAAAAGAGACCUAGACUAUAACUCUCGUAUUGGUUCCUACACAGACGAGCAAGUUGAUACAGUCAUGGAGGCUCUUAUAAACAUUUUCUGUAAACGCCAUAACAAGUACCUGGACUACCUGAUGAAGGUGCUACUACCUGAAAUGCUGGUGAAGAUCUACAUGGAUAUACACAACACCAGUCAUGAAGCAAGUGAACAGAUCCUGGCCCAUGACUGCAACCCAAAACUGUAUAAAACACACCAGCCUUGAUGGAAGUGAAUUGACUGCUAUCCAAUACUGUAUAAAACACACCAGCAUUGAUGGGAGUGAAUUGACUGCUACCCAAUACUGUAUAAAACACACCAGCCUUGAUGGGAGUGAAUUGACUGCUACCCAAUACUGUAUAAAACACACCAGCAUUAAGGGGAGUGAAUUGACUGCUACCCAAUACUGUAUAAAACACACCAGCCUUGAUGGGAGUGAAUUGACUGCUACCCAAUACUGUAUAAAACACACCAGCCUUGAUGGGAGUGAAUUGACUGCUACCCAAUACUGUAUAAAACACACCAGCAUUAAGUGGAGUGAAUUGAUUGCUACACAAUAUUGUAUAAAACACACAAGCAUUGAUGGGAGUGAAAAGAUCCUGGCCCAUGACUGGUGCCUAAUAUGAUACAAAAAUCACCAGCUAUGAGGCUGUUCAUCAGAUUCUGGCCCAUACUGCUACCCAAUACUGUAUGAAAAGGGUAAACAAUACCCACUGAAGAGAUUGUUGAAAUGUAAUUUUAACUUACAAUUACAGUACGUUAUUAUGAAAUUAUUGAUAACAUAAGAAUAAAUUGAGCAUC